ACAGCCAUUCUCAAUGAAGCCCUAAGAAUUUUCUAAUACUGCAAUGACAACACAUAUGCAUUGAUCAGUAUUUCUUCCACAACAGCAAUAACUUGUGAUCACGUAGUAAGGUGCUGCACAAAAACGCUAUAAAGCAGAAUUUCACACCAAUCCACGUAAGGUGAUUUUAGUGCAGAGCGCCAAAAGAUUGGUCAAAGAGCCAGGGUUGAAGGAGCAUCUUCAAGAAGGAAAGAAAGGUGGAGGUUUAGGGAGGGAGUACCAGAGCUUGGGGCUGAGGUGUCUGCAGGCACAACCAUUAAUGGUGGAGCAAUUGAACCAACCAGAAUUGGAUGAGCACAGAUAUCUUGGAGGGUUGUGGGGCUUGAGGAAGGGCGAGGCCAUGGCGUGAUUUGUAAACAAGGAUGAGCAUUUUAAAAUCUACGUUUCGUUUAAAAGCGAGCCAGUGUACAUCAGCAAGCACAAGUGAUGAUGGGUGGAUGGUGACACAAAAAUGGACUACAGCUUCACCAACUACCUAUGGGCAUAUCAAACUUUUUAAGGAAGAUCUGUGAUUUUUUAAAAAUUCAACAAAAGAUACUGAUGGCUGAAACUAUAAAGUGACCAAUUUCUGGAAAAUUCCUAUGGGGAUUAUACUGAGACAUGUCUGAAGCAGAUAAUCUCUGGGGUAUUGUAAGUAAUUAAGCCCGCUCUGUGAAAUUGGAUCUUCUGAGUGCAAUGUGUCAUUGAUCCAAUCAAAGCCAUCAGUAUGCUGGGUAGUAUAAAACAAGGACUGGAGUGUACGUUAAGUGAAGUAAUCCUGCCAUUACACUGGAGUGUUGUUUAAAUCUUGCCUGGAGUUUUGUGGGCCACAAUGUCUCUGAACUCAGAAAAGAAUAAGACAAAUGGGAGCUGAAGAAUCAAACUGGAGGAUAGAAAAACUGGGCCUCUUCUUCCAAUCCUCUGACAGGCCAAGGACUUCCCUACAUUAAGAAAAAGCUCAGCUAUUGUCAGUAAUGUGGAAUUAUGAGAGGCUAUUUGCAAAGCAACAUUGGCCCAGGUUUGGAGCAGGUUACAGGAGCCUGCUGCCUCUUUCUGGCUGGAAAAGUAGAAGAGACUCCCAAAAAGUGUAAAGACAUCAUUAAAACUGCUCGAAGUUUGCUGAAUGAUGUACAGUUUUCGCAAUUUGGAGAUGACCCCAAGGAAGAAGUUAUGGUACUUGAGAGGAUACUGUUGCAGACAAUUAAAUUUGACUUGCAGGUCGAACAUCCCUAUCAAUUUUUGCUUAAGUAUGCUAAACAACUGAAAGUCCAAUUUUCUCUUUCUGCAGGUGACAAAAAUAAACUUCAAAAGCUGGUGCAAAUGGCUUGGACCUUUGUAAAUGACAGCCUGUGCACCAUGCUGUGUCUGCAGUGGGAACCAGAGAUCAUUGCCGUGGCUGUGAUGUACCUAGCUGGUAGGCUGUGUAAAUUUGAGAUCCAGGAGUGGUCAGCUAAGCCCAUUUACCGAAGAUGGUGGGAACAGUUUGUACAGGAUGUGCCUGUGGAACUACUGGAAGAUAUUUGCCAUCAAAUACUGGACCUUUAUUCCCAGGGUCAACAACAGAUGCCCCAGGCACCCCAGCAGCAAUUGCCAACAAUCCCAAGCUUGGAGCAGCCGAUACCCCCACUGCAGGUGCAGCAGACAAAGAAGCUUUCACCUCAGUCAACACCGCCUCGGCAGAUCAAACGAGCUGCGGUUGCUUCUCCAAAGGAAGAUGGCAAGACAAUAGAACUACAGCCUCCUAAAAUUCCCAAAUUGGAAACCCCACAUCCAGCACUACCACCUACUAGCCAUCCUCCUCCAGAACGCAAACCAUCCAUAAAUGCAGGGACCAGCAUUAUAGAAACUGAACCACCUUCAACGGGAAACUCAUCUGAAGUGGCAAAAGCCACCAUCCCACCUCCUCUUCACCCUCCUACUGUACACCAGCAGCCACAGAUUCCACAACGACCUCCACCCUCUGCUGCUUACAUAAUGGGAAUGUCAACAACAAGCUCCUACAUGUCUGGGGAAGGUUUCCAGAGUUUGCAAUCUAUGAUGAAGACUGACGGGCCCACUUAUGGAAACAUACCAUCUUAUGGACCCCCUACUCACGUCCCUUACCACCCACAUGUUUACCCCAAUCCAUCUGUGCCUCCUCCCACAAACUAUCCACCCAAUAUCCCCCCUCCUACUCCAGGAUACCCUCCACCGGGGUACAAUCCUACUUACUUGCCCCCUCCUCGGAUUCCCCCCGCUCACACGGUGCCUCCUCCGCCAGCCCUGGGUCUUCCACCAACCAGCUACCCUCCCCCCACAGUACCACCAGGGGGGCAACCUCCCGGACCACCACCACCAGGCAUGCCGCCUGUGGCCGGGCUGACUCGGGGCGGUUGGUUGAGAUAAUGGUUGUUUGGACUUUGAUAAUUGGCAAGUGAGCUUUGGUUUCUCACAGGGAUUGGGGUGGCCCUGAAAUCAAACACGCAUAUGGUUCAGAUUGUCUUACUUCCCACAUCUGGGUUACAAUAACUAGCUGCAUAUCGUUCAACAGUUGUAUAUACUUCUGAUUUAUUUUCUGCCGUACGCUCUUGAGUUUCCGAGGUGCAGGUGAAUGAGAAGGAGCUUCCCUUUAGCAUAGAUGCCUCAUCUCCUGUGUUUAGCCACCUUUCUUCCCUUCUCCCACCCACACAAAUGUGCUCCUGCAACUUGUUCUAUCGGUUGCUCUUGCCUCCACUUAAAAUGCAUCUGCUCUUGAAGCAGCCAAAUGAAAUUGUCUGGCAAGUCAGUGACCAGAAGUUGUUUCUCAUAUGACAGAAGUUUUCCUCUGCAUUACCAAUUCUUGCAAGUAGUUCUUGGCCCCACUAAUAUCCCCAUUGGAACUUUGUUUGCGAAAGGUGGUAGCCAAGUCGGUGGAAGAGGAGAGAAUGAAUUAGAAGAGAGUUAAGGCCCCAGCUUUGUACUGUGCCCCAUACUAGAUCUGUCUUUGGCUGUGAAGGCUAUGUGAAUUGAAUCUGAUUGUACUGACCUCCAGUACAGGUUGCUAAUCUCCAGUAAACAUUAUUUUUACUUGAGAGCAAGUAAGAAAGCUUUUCCAAUGUUUAUGUCCUUGCCAUUUUUUCAAAGGCAGCAAUAGCAGACAUCCUGUUGCUUGCUCUAAGUGGGCAUCCUUUGUCCAUUAGCUCAGACAGUCACUGCUGGAAGACUUAGCCACGGAGGGUUAUCCCUAAACCUGAUGAUGUGCUUUCCCAAGUGGCGAUUUCAUCAAAGCUUGUUGAGCAGUGACCAGGAGUAGGCACAAUGUCCAACAUUAUAAAUUGUCCUCUUCAUGUUCUGUUGUAGGACUUCUCCGAGCAGUUGUGUGUGCUGUCAUGUCUGAGAAAGGCAAACAUUUAAUUCAAAGAUAUAACGUGAACUGCAUGACUUGAUUCCUUAGCAAUCAUUCAUUGAACUGUUUGGACUUAAACUGUUGUGUGGUGUCCUUUUUACCCCAACUCCUCCUGUAAGAUGAACUCUCUUGUCGUUAAAUUCAUGUUUAAAGUAAGCAACCUCUCAACUUAUUUUUUGAUUGGUGGGGGCGAGAAGGUAGAUUAGGUGCAGUGAGCCAUGGUGAUUCUUGUAUUCCCUCCCCCGCACCCCCAUUUCCAAGCAGAGGUACAGUUUAAUGGUUUACUCCCCCAGUACCAUGUUAUUACCCCAGAUGAUGUCGGUGGCUGUUCUAUCUUUGGAUGGGGGGUGGGGGGUCAUCACGCGCAUGUUUGAUCCUGGUAUCCGCAUAUCAGAAGUUGCCGGACAAGGAACAGGAGCCCUGAUGGAUAAAUUUCUAACACCGUUUCCUUGCUGGUCCCCAGCCCAAGGAAGAUGAGACCAAUUGUGGCAUCUGCUUCAACUAACUGGUACAAACUGCAUGAGUGCUGACUCAACCGGAAAAACCAUCCGGUUAUGUUUUCGCCUUUUUACUUUAAUAUGUUUGUUAAAAACAAGUAGUUGAAGUUUUUCUUUUUAUAUGGAUAAUUUGUUACCCUGAAAAGGUGGAAUUGAUCUCUGGUUAUUGUAUUAAAUUGUUUAUAUUCCCAGGGCUGCUGCUGUUCGAACCUUCACAUUGUCUGUCAGUGGAAGAACCAAAAAAAAAGCCUGGGACAAUGAAGCCUGGGCUAUGAACCCUGGCCCCUGGUUUGAGAAAGCUGUGUGGUCAGAAGGACCUUUAUAGUUCCUUGGAAAUGCCUGCUUGUGUUUAAAAAGAAAGCCAAAAGUGUGAUAUGGCAGUGCAUUGGUUUAUGCUGGUCAAGCGAUUGUUUGUUCCAAUCGAUAUGCCCAAUUUAAACCAAUGACAUUCCUGGGUUUAGAUCUCAGAAGGAAUAUUCCACUCAGACAAUCGGGAAUUUUAAACUGGUCUUUUCUUUUUCCAUUAGUUUAGAUCCUCUAUUUCUCCAGUUAUCUGACAUAACUUGAAAAUAAGAAUUCCAUGUAAUUUACUCUUUCUCUGUAGACUAUUUGUCUAUAGCUAGAAUUGUUUAUUUUUCCAGAAAGUGUCAAAGCCUGAAUGUAACAUAUGAGAUUGUACUGUGAGCUGGGCAUUGACCAUAGUAUUGUACAUUUAGUGGCUAUUGUAGCCUAAUAAAUUUGAUAUUGGA